CACCGUAGUAGCUGAGGCACCCCACAUAUCUGGUCCCAUCAUUCUUUACGCGGGGAGCAAAAAUGAGAGAGAGGUAUGCGUUUGCUCGUCGCGCGCAAAACAAAAACUUGUUGGGCGGGCCUAGGUCUAUGCUAGACUCUAGCCGACCCCGCCAUCUGGGCAAAAAGAAAACAACAAAAGCACUUCGUAUGUUUGCACCCCGCAGUAUUCAGUCUUCCGUACUUUCCGGAUGGUACCAUCCUCUCCCCCCUAUCGCUCGAUUGGGAGACUUUUGAGUCAGAACACGAGAGAGGAUGGAAUCGAACCAGCUCUCGACACUGUCGGUUGCGAGAAAGGCACCACGGUGCGCAUCUCACUGGUAUGCCAAGGUACUUAGCUUUAGGGGGGGAGGUGGCGAGAAAACCACACAAGCAAACAAACAAACAACAGCCAACACCGGUUUGAUAACAAUAGCAAAGAAACCAACCAGGGCAUCCCGCGUCCCCACUUCAAAAUUCUGGGGCAUGCCCAACACCGUUUUGUUAAACCCAGCACAUCCAUCCCACGCACUCGCGACUCAUGCCUUGCCUGGGUCAGGAUUCUCCUUCUCCUUCUCAUUAAUAAGGAUAUGUGAUCGUUAUCAUUUAUUAUCAUCGGCCGGCAUCCGGCAGUAUCCAGAUGUGGCUGAAACAUACAACUUUGGCCUGGGGGUUGAAUAUUUGCCUGCCAACCCCGCGCUGGGCCCGGACGUGUCUUGGAGAGACUCCUUCCCGGCCUCAGAAGGGAGUAGGGUGCUGUACAUCCGACCCGAGCGAGUAUCUCGGAGGCUCAGGAUAACUUCACCCUGGCCCAACGACGAGGGAAAAUUCCAAAGGUCUGGAGGCAGGCCUAUUGCUAGAUGGUUCGAAGAUAGCCACUGCAUGAGCGCCACUAUCAAGGAGAGGCGCCUAGAGCGUAAACUAGUGGUUCAAGGCAUACGAAUAAGCAGGUAUAUUCUCCGUAUCGCCGAUAUAUCGGCACGUUGGACUCAACACUCAACGUAGAUCUCAGAGAAGGGACCCCUUCUCCCUCUCCUGGAGCGUGAGGAAGGCUAAUACCGUACGAUCUCUCCGUUAUAAUUUUGACCAGGACGAGAGAUGCGGCUGCGGCACAGCUGAACUUGUCUCGGGUACGAUGAGAGACAGAG